UUAAUGUAGUAUUUAAGUGAUACAAACUGGGAUGUGUGUGUGUGUGUGUGUGAUUUUCCUGUGAUCAUGUUAUCAGGUGUUGGAGAAAUUCAGGCACGUUUCCGAAGUCGCUCCUCAGCAUCUCCUGAGCACGCAAUAACCCAAGGGGAUGAGGAGGGUCGUGAGCUGCGUGUUGUGGUAAACACAAAUGACCCAGAUUAUGAGAAUGUUUACGAGAGCUACGAUGAUCCCAUGGAGGAAAUUAUUGACUUUAUGCCUCCAGUCAAUAAGAGCCAAGUGAGAGAGAAAAGAGAGGUUAAAGGUGAAGAUCCGUGUGUCUUGGCGCUGGAUGAGGGCGGGUGCUCCAGAUACACUCUGCGCUGGUACUUUAAUUCUCAGGUGGGCGAGUGCAGACCCUUCAUCUACAGCGGCUGCGGCGGAAACGCUAACCGCUACACACAUAAAGAGGAGUGUGAACAACACUGCCUACAACAGAGCAGAGAUGCUCUGAAGUCAGACAGUGGACGGUAAUAACAGGACCACACACACAAACACACACACACACACACACUCCAGCACAGCACCAUUGUUCAGUGUUCUUACCCUCCUCACCUGACGGAUCUCCUGCCACGCAGCUCUCCUUGGCUGUGCCGUUUUUAUCCGUUUAUAAUCCAUUUCUGCUUUUUAGUUCAUGUCUUUUUUUUAUUUAUUUUGUUAAAACAUAUUCAUUACAUUUUAUUUAGAAAUAAUUCAGUAUUUCCAGCACAAUUAUAUAUAUAUAUAUA